AUGAUUUUAGCGGAAUCAAGCUUCCAUCAUCACUAUGACGGCCGAUUCGCAAACUCAACUCUGCCCGAAGAAAAAGUCAUCCCAUUUUUAUCAAACCUGAUCCAGACCUAUCUGGAGACCAUGAACUCAAUUGGCGCCGAAACAUGGAUUAUGCAUGGAAGCCUCCUCUCAUGGUGGUGGAACCAGAAGAUUUUUCCUUGGGACAACGAUUUAGAUGUUCAGAUCUCGGAGCCGACAAUACACUUCCUGGCUGACUAUUAUAAUUUCACCGACCACCAUUUCGAGAUCCCCGGCGUCGAGGGCGGCCGCACCUACCUUCUCGAGAUCAACCCCAACUAUGUCGUCAAGAGCACCAAGGACAGAUUGAAUGUGAUUGACGGGCGAUGGAUCGAUAAAUCAUCUGGACUUUUCAUCGACAUCACAGCUGUUCGCCCAGAUGACGACAAGCGAAAGCGUGGUUACCCUGAGGCGCUUAUGUGCAAGGAUAGACACCACUAUGAUGAAAGCGAUAUUUUCCCUCUUCGAGACAGCUAUUACGAAGAUGUCCCCGUUAAAAUUCCCUACGCUUAUGCCGCACUGCUCGCCGAAGAAUAUGGAGCCGCUUCGAUGACCAAGACCGAUUUUCAAGGCCACCAUUUCAGCGACGAAAGCAAGAUUUGGGAAAAGUACUCGCGUAAAAUGAAGCGUUUCCUUCGGCGAGCCUGGCGCGGUGAUGAUCUACCCAAGCGGUCUGGUACCGAAACUCUUAUCCGCAUGGAUGAUGUAUAA